UAGUACCAAAUUUUGACAAGUCUCUUUCCUUAAACAAUAAUGAUUGAGAAACUCACACUAACAAAGCAAAAAAAAAAAAGGAAAAAUAUGCUCCCCGUCAGUUUAUGUAACACCUUCUCAAUUUAGAGUUACAAACAAAUUGUGUAAAAUAAAAAUAAAAAUAAAAACCAUAAAUAAUUUGAGGAGGAGGGAGCAGGAGUUUCGGUGUUAAUUCCCACAGAAACACCCUCGUGCGUCUAGCCUUAUUUGUCGCCAACUAUCUCUCUCUCAAAUAAUUCAAUUUAAAUGCCAAGCUCUGGCAAUAGAAUGGCACUCAUCAUAUAUUAAUAUGUACAUAUAAAAUAAUAUACGUGCACUCCUCUUAAUUGAACUUCUUCUCACUUUCAGAUCUCCACAAAAUAUUUGAAUCACACUCUUCUCUUUCACUAUUAAUUCUGUCUUUAUUUGGAUCUUGCCUUAAUCUUCUUGUCCCCCUAUAGGUACGUACAAUCUUUCUUCUUUAGCUUUAAUAAUGGGUCAUUAUUUCAUUUGAAUUCAAGUUUGCUUUGAUGUUUCCUUCCGAAGUUAUCUUUAUUGAGCUAGGUUCUCAUCCUAAAGAGUUUGCUUCAGCUGAUAUAACCUGUUGAAUGAUCAAUCUUGGUGCUGGAUUUCUGCGGUUUAUAUUUUCGAGUUUAUAAGAAGUAUAGAGAGAUUUAAUUUGAGUGGAGUUUUCAUGGAUCAUAUCUCAUCAACACCUUGUGAUUUUGUGGUUGAUCUUGAGAUGUGCAAGAGCCCGAGCGAAGAAGCAGCAAGUCCUGAUCCUAUUCAAGUAGGGAAGAGUUUUUUCAACAAUAUAUGUGAUGAUGAAGAACUUGUUCAAGCUGAAAAUGGGCUUUGUAUGAUCAGCAAUGUAAAGGAUAAGGUCAAGGGGUUAGUGGCUGAUAAUAGUGUAGAGAAGAAAAAACUGAAAGAUAAGCGUAAAUCCACAAGUGCUAAAAAGCCUCCCAGACCUCCAAGAGGAUUGUCCUUGGAUGCUGCUGACCAGAAACUUAUCGAAGAGAUCGCUGAACUCACAAUGAUUAAACGUGCACGGAUUGAGCGAAUUAAGGCUUUGAAGAAACUGAAAGCAGCAAAAGCAUCUUCAACUUCAUCUUCGACAGGCAGUGUCCUUGCCUUUCUGUUCACUGUCAUCUUCUUUCUCGUGCUGUGUUUUCAAGGGAUGUCCUCUGGAAGUUCAGUUGUGAGUUCUCAUGAUUCGCCUCAACCAUUAUUCAACAAUACUACUCCGAUCUAUCCGCUAGAACUGCUGCUAAGAGUUCUGGGUCACCCAAUUUAGUUGAGCAGGUUUCUGAUUCGGAUCUGAGGGAUGGCCCGAAAAGAGUCACGACUUGAAGUAUAGUGUGAUUGUGGUGAAUUUUAGAAUUUGCAAAUAUGAAUAGGAACUGCCAACAUGUCUAUGAUUUUGCGCAAGUUCUGCGGGAACUGUUAAACCUUGACUAAACAUGAGACCUGCAACAUUUGUAUACCUUGUACAGUGAUAUAUGCUGUUUGGUGAGAGAAGUAAAUGCUUCUGCAGCAUGCUAGGAUGUCUGUGGAAUUGCUAAUUAAGAAGCUUGCCUCAUAUUGAGUGAGUUAGUUUUCUUGGGGAGUUAUGUUCGUAACAAAAUAACGACCGGUUUUAGUCUAUACGUAGGAUAAUACAGUUCACUGAAUAGUGAGAGUUUUGCGAGUUUGAAGAGGAUGAGGAGGAAAAAGACCCUUCAAGCGCUACUAAAGCCUUGACAUUAUGCAGAGUGGCCUGAUUGUGUCUUUUCUUCUUGUCAUUUGGAGUUUGUUACUCAGAGUUGCCGGUUAAUGUAGUGCCACAAUGUUGUUGAUGCUGAUUAGGAAAUUUAUUAUGUGUUUUGAGUUUAAUUUCUAUGUGCUGAUAGCAGAUAAUAUUUACUCCAUUUUAAUGAUAAAACAUUGUUGGGGAUUUGGUAAAGAUUGUAACGAAUCCCACUGAUGUGACAAAGCGUUUGAUACUUGGCAAAUUUGAAUGUUGGAAUACUUGCUCAGU